AUGGAUACAUUAGAUUUUCAUGUUUCGAUAUCAGAAUUCUGCCAAUCAAUCAAAGGAUUAACAGUAACGGCCGAGGAAUGCACCCAAAUUAUAAAAACUGCUUUAGAGCAUUAUCAGAAUAAUGCUUUACUUAUCCUCUCAUAUCUAAAUGUCUCAAAUUUAACCUUACAAUCGUUAAAUUCGAUAUUUAUGUUGUUUUCUUCGAAUUUUUUAAAAAAUUCUUCAUCAAUUAUCGAAAAUGCAAUUCAGAAAAUAUCACAACUAUCUAAUUCUGUUGAAACACUCAAUUAUAUCAUAGACAAAACAAUAGUUCCAGACCAAGCAUUUCUCAAUUCUCUCAAGAAAAAUGAUUAUCAAAUUUCGGAUUUUUUACUAGAAAAAUAUCCAGAUCUUUUAGAAAAAAAGGAUGAAAAUGAUUACACCCCACUAAUUCUUGCAUCUGAAAAUGGUAAUAUUAAUACGAUAAAAUAUCUCCUUAAAAAAUCUGCAAAUGUCCAUGCCAAGAAUUGCUAUCAAUCUACGGCCCUUCAUAGAGCUUGUGCAAAUGGAUAUGUUGAAAUAAUUGAUUUAUUGUACCAAAAUGGAGCAAAUAUUGAAGAAACUGAUGACGAUGCACUUAGACCAUUACAUUACUGCAUAUUGAGGGAUAAUGAUGAAGCACUUCGUAAAAUCUUGGAAUUAAAGGCGGAUCCAUUAGCUAAAAAUAAAAGAGGUGAAACUCCAGCUCAAAUGGCCGCCAGAUGUAAAUCUUUACGAUGCUUAGAAAUUCUAAAUUCUCUUCCUCAAUUAAAAAUUUCAGAAUAG